AUGACGGGUGUCUUCUUCCCGUUGCCCACAGCACCCAGCACCGGCCCCUGGAAUGUUUGCCGGAUGCAUGAAGGAGCAAUGAGGAAGCCGAAGCUUGGAGGCACGAAGUCAGCUCCUCACGGUGUUAGAAAAGUGGUGCAGCUAGAUUCAGCACAGGCCCCGAGCUCCGCAAUCCGCAGGCGGGCCCACGGCGCGGACAGCGCAGCCCACCACAGGCCGCCCGAGCACGGGUGCCCAACCAAGCUCUGCCCCGGGAAUGUGACUGAACCCGGCUGGGAGGGCAGCUGCCUGCUGGGAAACUGUGGCCGCCCAGCCAGGGAGCAUCCCCAAGCCCAGGAUUCAGAUGUGGGGCAGGAGGGGAGCCGAGCAAGGCUCUGGGAGGAGUCUCCAAGCCUGACCCCCAGCAGGCCCGGGGCACAGAGACCCACCUCCCAGAUACCUCAGGAAGGCGACAGAAAGACGAGGGGUGUGGCUGGGAGAUCUCCGAUAGAAGCCACUUCCGGCCAGGCCUGGCUAAGUCCUUCAGCCUAUGCUGUAUCACUGGAUCCUCACAGCCACUCCAGUAGUGUAAAAAUGCAGAUAAUCACUCCUGCCCAGAGCGAUCAGGGAAAUCGCUUUGAAGUUUCAAAUACUGCCACAAAGGACACCACGGCCACAUUUCCAGCGACUCACAUGUCCGGGCAGUUCUGCCUUGGAAAACCCUCUCUUCCCAAGCCCCGUCUGGCCCUGCUGACUGUGGCCUUAAUGCUCCAUCCACAAGGGCUAGGACCCCCGGCCAUGCCCACGGAGUUCAAACGGAACCAGGCUGCUAAGACAGAUGACCUCCAAAUAACAAUCAGGCCCAACUGAUUCAUGGAAUCCUCAGGAACUGGAGUAAACCCAUUUUCGAGACGAACAAACUGAAACCCAGCGGCAUUUUGUACCAGACAGACGCAAGGAGUUACAGAAGCCCCGCAGCCGGGGUCAAGGGCUGGGUGUGGAGACCGAUGACC